AUGUGCUCUGAAAAGAAGAUAAAUCGACUGGAAAAGACCAAGGCGCGCUUGGGAGUACGGCGGGAGAAUCCAAAAAAGCCGUCCAAAAAGCCACAAAAAGCCAGCGAGCCUCCCGUUACGCGAUUGCUCGCGAAGCGCAGCAUGAUGCGUGGCCAGCGCGGGAGCAGGCCGGCGCCGACGCUGCCAGAACAAAUACGAGACCUCGACCGACGGACGGCGGCCCUGCGGGCGAGCAUCCGCGCUGCUGACGACGUGCUCGAGACUGACCUUCAGAGCGACGAGAUUCUCGCAUGCUUUGAGGAGGCGCUCGGCGAACGGCAGCCAGAGAUGGGAACGGAUGCUGCAGCAGGGCGAGAGGCGAACGCCGAGAAAUCUGUUGCCGCCGGCGCACGGAAAAAGAAGUUUAUUACAAAGCUCCCUCGCACAACACUGGGCACGGGACUGGCGCGGAAAAAGACUUUUACAACAAAACUCCCUCGCACGGAAAAAGAAAACUGA